UGAGUUGGCAUUUUAUUAAUGCCAAAUUGGUUUUAAUAAGUUAUUCAUGCCAACUCAAAUGGUAAAAAAUGCCAACUCGAAUAAUAGAAAUUAAUAAUGCCAAGUUGGCAUUAAUAAUUUAUUAAUGCUAUUGUGCAUUUUAUAUUUGAGUUUGACGUCAAAAAAUCAUAAAAAAUUGCGAUUUUUAAAACCACAACAAAGCUCCUAUAGGUUGAUAUUUUAGUUGCACUUGAAGUUUUGUUGUUCAUAUUUAGUUCGAGUUUUGAAAUAUUUAGGUUUCUAUUAAACAACUUCUAAAAUGAGUGAUAUAGGUGCGAAACGCAAGAGAAAUAGAUUUAAAGUUGAAUGUUUAAAAUGCGGCAUAAUACAUAAUGGGAUGUCAGUAAAUAUAAAAGACGUUGGUGCUCCCGAAAAUCCUUUUCAAAGUGCUGCAAAAGCUUCAAAAAUUACAGGGAAACAAGAGUCGAACCAUGAAACAUGUCUUUCUCAAACAGUGGAGAAGGACUUAAGUCAAGAGGAUUCAAUUCAAUCUCCCCCAAUACUUUCGGGAAUAGAAGAGGUUGACAUACAACAUGAUGAAGUCAAUUGGUUAUCAUGUGUUGGUCAGUUGGAAAAUAUUGUCACAGACUUAAACGAGUGUGGUACCAUUUUGUCUAAAUUAAAAUCUGAGGCAGUGAUUUCCUGUUAGAAAGCAUUCAAGUCAUAAGUCGAAUAAAAUCAAAUUCUAAAGAAUUUUUAAAAAAUGCAAAUAUUUUGUCCGAACACAUCUCUAAAUCAUCUAAAAAUUUAGAACCAAUUAACAAUAUUAUUGAUAAUAUAAUAAAUCAUGAUCCAGGCAGUCGUGUUUCCGUUGCUUCAACAUCUCAGCGGCAAUACCUUAUUUCCUUAGGGCCGCAUCAGCCAAAAUUAACUAAAUACUUAGUUAAUACUACAAUUAACAACAUUAAACAGCAUAGUUUUAAUCCUAAAUGGUACGAUGAAUAUCCAUUAUUAGAAUACAGUAUUGUCACUGAUUCUGCAUACUGUUUUGUAUGUUCUUUAUUUUCAAAGGGUCCAAGAAGAUCUUAUAUAGAUUUAGCAUGGGUAAAACCUGGUGUUCGUCAGUGGCAUAAAAUGAAAAGCUGUGGAGUUAAAAAAUUGGGUAAAUUUCAACAAUAUUUUUCUUGUUUUCUUCUCAUAAAGCAGCGUUACAUGAUUAUUAUCAAUUUACGACUACUGAAAAUCAUAUUGAUUUAAUUUUAAAUAUAUCAAAUAGAAAAGAAGCAAUUAAGUUGGAACAAGAAAAAGAUUUCAACAAACAAAUUAUAGUUAUAUUAUUUGAUAUUGCUAGAACAUUAUCACAACUAGGAUUAGCAUUUUGAAGUGAUGGUGACGAAAGUGGAGGAAAUUUUAUGCAAUUUGUUCAGUUACUCUCUAAGCAUAAUCCCUUAAUGAAACGCUGGAUGGAUGAGUCUUCAUCACGACCACAUAAAGUUACUUACUUAGGUCCAAGAUCUCAAAAUUAAUUUAUU